AUUCCAAAAAAAUCAAAGAACGCUAAAAACUGUAUGCGAAAAUCCCUACAAGUGUUCCAAUAAUUAAUUUGGCCACUUAGCACCAUCAAUAUUGUGCCCCACCUGCGGCAUUUUCAUUAUUUCGUGGCAACCAGGUGAAUCGUAGGCCUUAAACUGGCGCUCAAGGUCAGGAAGCACCUAUCCUUCUACUCGCCCACGCUGCUGAGCGCCGCCUUCACCAGCCUGAACGGUGUGUAUAACCACAGCGAUCCCGCUCCGGACGAGGAGCCCGACCAGCCAGCCAACCUCCACCACCACCAGCACCACCAUUCGAGGGUGAGCCACCGCGAUCCUAGGGAGCCGGAGCAGGACGACAGGGAUCGCGAAGCGGAGCGCGAGGAACGCGACCAGGAGAUGGGCGGCCCCACGGCGCCGGUGGCCAGCAGCGGCGAGGUGGGUCAGACGUACUGCCUCCGGUGGAACAAUCACCAGACGAACCUGGUCCAGAUCCUGCACGCCCUGCACGAGGUGGGCAGCUAUGUGGACUGCAGCCUGGUGGUCGAUGACGAGCAGUUCCAGGCCCACCGCGUGGUUCUGGCGGCCAAUUCACCUUAUUUCCAGCACAUCCUGAAGGAUGUGCCGCAGGACCACUGCAGCAUCAUCCUGCCCGGAGUCAAGGGCUUCGAGAUCGCCGCCCUGCUGCAGUACAUGUACACGGGCGAGACGACGGUGACCAAGAGCCAGGAGCCGGAGAUCCUGCGCACGGCCAAGGAGCUGCAGGUCAAGGGUCUGUACGACAACCUCAUGAAGUUCAACCACCACAGUUCCGGCAGCCAUGCCAGCGUAACGCCCACCUCCAGUUCGGGAGCUGGCGGAGCCAAGCCCCAGAAUGGAGCGGCCUCCAACCACUCCUCGUCCGUGAUCUCCACAUCCACACACAUCUCGCCCAGUGCCGCCAUUUCGAGCAGCUGCUCACCCCCACCGGCCCCACAGUUUGGCUAUCAGCCGGGCUUCAGCCACUAUCCGCAGCAGCAGCCGUUGGCGGCCAGUCAGAUUCCGGCCGGAGAAGCUCCGCUGACCCCCACCCAGGCCACGCCCCACUCGGCGCCCUCGGGGGCGGGCGAGUCUGGCGGCCAGUGGCCACUGACACCCUCCGCCGCCGCCGCCAUGCUGAACUCCGUCUACGAAUCCGCCGCUGACAUGAAUCCCCUCAAGCGCAAAAAGCUGUCUGCCAUCUCGAGCAUGCUCCUCAGUGGAAACCGCGACACACCCAUCCUGAGAAACGUUCUGGCCCAAGCAAAUCCCGCCGACUCCUCGCAACCCGGACCCAUGAUCAUCAAUGGCGAAAAGACACCCACUCAUCCCCACCAGAGCACACAACUUCCUGCCGGCCUGGGAGUGAGUGGUGGCGAACGCAACCACAGCUUCAAUGGCUCGGACUACGGCGGCGAUAAGGAGCCACUGUCGCCCUACACAGACCGCUCCUUUGAGGAGGAAACCGGUCAGUCGGGCGGCAAGAAACCGGAGUGGAAGCGCUACAAGCAGUACACCCGGGCGGACAUGAUGUGUGCCAUCCAGGCGGUGAGGGAGGGAAUGAGCGCCCUCCAGGCGAGCCGGAAGUACGGCCUGCCCAGCCGCACCCUCUACGACAAGGUGCGCAAGCUGAACAUCACCACAGGUCGUGGCACCCACCGCACGCCAAAGCGGAGUCCUCCGGGAGCCGAGUCCUCACAAGGCUUCCCCUACUCCGCCGCGGCAGCCGCUGCUGCCCACAACUACGGACAUGGACAUGGGCAUGGGCAUGGACAUGGCCACCAUUCGGAGGCGAAGCGCGAUCAGAAGGUGGACCAUGUGCCCGCUCACCACGGCAUGCCGCCCACCAUUCCGCCCUCGGCGGCGGCCCUCCUGGAUCACGCCUUCCUUCAGCAGGCUCUGGAGAACAGGGGUGGUGACAUGGCCGGCCGAGAGGCCCUCCAUGCCAUGGCUCUGGCCGCAGCCGCCCAUGCCGCUGCCAAUCGCUUGUCGAGCAGCCCGGCGGACAUGGACCAGCGCUCCAAUGGCCACGGCAUGCGGUCGCCGAGUCCGCAGGGUCGUCACUACCCCCACGACCAGGAGGCCAUGGACCUGGAGAUGGAGAAGCACGAGCAGAGCAUGAUCAAGAGGGAGCGGCAGGACCAGGACGAGCGAGAUGACGCGGACGACGAGGAGGAUCACGAGCAGGAACAUGUGGAGGACCUCUCGCUGGCCAGGAAGGAGCGUCCACAGUCGCCCUACUCGCCCCAGCCAGCCGAGGCUGCCGGCGUGAUCAUGCACGCCAGCAGUGCGCCCGCCAAUGGCAAGGAGCACGAGGACUACCCAACCUCGCCGCAGUUCGUGCCCAUGGGCCUGAAGAGGGAGCUGCUGGAAGGCGAGGAUGCCCAGGCUCGGGCCGACUGAUUGACGCUCACCAUGGCCUGGCAAUAUGCCACGGACAGCCUGGACUCCUUGGAGUAGAGCAGGCUUAGAUAGCAACUCCUAUUAUUCCCCUUAUGAGACCCAUCCUUGUGUUACUUUCCUUACUAUCGGCGACUCAGGCGCCGACCAGCGUUGGUGAAGCUUUAAACGAAGAAACCUCAUCCCAGUCGUUGUGGGAACCAUCCGCACCAGCACCUGGCACCCAUUCAAAAUCAAACCCACACGCUAAAAUACAUUGUUGUCAGCAUCACUUUGUGCCUAAAAACAGAAAUGUUAGGAUAUAGGUUAGAGAAUAGGUUUGCAUAGAUUACAGAUACCCUAGGCUAGGCACUCGUAGGCCAUCUUUGGAAACCAGCUAGUUGUAGGCCUUGAGAAACAGCUCCUCCAUCUCCAUCGCAGAUCCCUGCCAACUGACAAACUUAGAUAUGUGUAUGUAAACCCACUUACAUAAGACUGAAGGCGGGAUCGGAAGGUGGUGGGGGGCUGUCUAAGGACAGAGCAGAAGAGGCUCCCAUCGGAAUCGGUUAGCGAGUUAGCUACACCUUGUACAACUUUGUUAAAUGCCAGUGAUUUGUUUUAAAAAUUAUUAGCACUAGAUUAUUUAUAACGACCAGUAUGUGGAACGCAUGUACGUGGCCUUACGUUUAUGAUUUUCGAAGCGAAGAGAGAACAGAAGAUCCCACUUGAACAGAACUACCUCAAAUAGCGUAUCUUUGUUAGCCUCAUGUUAUCCUGUUAGCGAGAUAUAUUAAUCGUCCUGGGUUGAAUUUAUAAGACUGACACCGACUCAAACGUACCACGAGCAAGAGCACGCGCAUUAAAAUAAAAUUACAAAUUAAACUUAAAUACGAAUCGAUAUCCUUAGUCUAACAUCUGUAAGUUUCAGGCAAAUUGAUUAGUUCUAAGCCACCUCCUAAACGUAAGCACUACAACUACACUAUUCGUAAGGCAAACAAAUCGAAAGAAAUGAAAACAUGCGCUGGGGGCAAUGCAAUAGGCUCUUUAAUUAUAAACACCUACACUUAUACAACUAUAUAGUCGUACGGUCGAUAAUGUUAAAUUGUUAUACGAGUAACUCUGUACAUAGCAUCAUAGUCCACACAUACACGUGCGAAUUCUAGAUCUAGUUUUAAGUAUUCCGAAUUGUAAUGCAAUUUAAAUUAUCCCUAGACACCCGACUUUCAUCAUGUAAGGAUCAGCGAAAGAACGCGAA